CUGAGCCCGGCGGAGCCGGGCUGAGCCCCGCGAGCGCACAGAGCCCCGAGGCCUCGGCUGCCUCCUAAACUUUUCAAAGUCGGCCCGCGGCCCGGCCGGCCUGGGCUCUGAGCUCGGCCGGGAGGACUCCAGGGACCAGGAGGAGGACCCGGAGGACCAGUAGGAGGACCCGGAGGAGGAGGGGCCGCCGCAUCAAAGACACCGGCUUCCCGCGGCCCGGGGGCGAGCCAUGCGCGGCGGUCGGUAAUGUCAGCGGAACAGGACAAGGAGCCCAUCGCGCUGAAGAGAGUUAGAGGUGGUGACGGUGGACUGGAUGGGUUAGGAGGGCCCAGUAUACAACUAGGAAGCCCAGAUAAGAAAAAACGCAAGGCCAGCACACAGGGACCUUCCUUUCCUCCGUUGUCUGAGUAUGCACCACCGCCAAACCCAAACUCCGACCAUCUAGUGGCUGCCAAUCCUUUUGAUGACAGCUAUACCACUAUUUCCUAUAAACCAUUGCCUUCAUCCAAUCCAUAUCUUAGCCCUGGGUAUCCUGGCUUUGGAGGCUACAGCACGUUCAGAAUGCCACCCCACGUCCCUCCAAGAAUGUCGUCUCCCUACUGUGGUCCUUACUCACUCAGGAAUCAGCCACACCCAUUUCCUCAGAAUCCUUUGGGCAUGGGCUUUAACCGGCCUCAUGCUUUUAACUUUGGGCCACACGAUAAUUCGAAUUUUGGAAACCCACCUUAUAAUAACGUACUGACUCAGGACAUUAACAUGCCUGGUCAGCAUUUUAGACAAGGCUCUGCUGAAAACUUUAGUCAGAUUCCCCCGCAGAAUGUUGGCCAAGUAUCCAACCCUGACCUGGCAUCUAAUUUUGCCCCUGGAAAUAAUUCAAAUUUUACCUCUCCGUUAGAAUCGAAUCAUUCGUUUAUUCCACCCCCAAACGCGUUUGGUCAAGCAAAAGCUCCGCUUCCCAAACAAGACUUUCCUCAAGGGGCAACCAAAACCACGAAUCAGAAUUCUUCCACUCACCCACCUCACUUAAAUAUGGAGGAUCCAGUCAAUCAGAGUAACGCCGAGUUAAAAAAUGCCAACAGAAACAACGUUGUCCAAGAGAACAGCCGUUCGGGCAGCGCAGAGGCCACCAACAACCAUGCGAAUGGGACCCAGAACAAGCCCCGGCAGCCCAGGGGCGCGGCUGAUGUGUGCACCACCGACAAAAGCCGGAAGUUCUCCCUGCACCCCAGCCGGCAUGGCCAUUCAUCUUCUGACCCCGUGUACCCGUGUGGGAUUUGUACAAAUGAAGUGAAUGACGAUCAGGACGCCAUUCUGUGUGAGGCCUCUUGUCAGAAGUGGUUUCAUCGCAUCUGCACUGGAAUGACGGAAACAGCCUAUGGGCUCCUGACAGCUGAAGCAUCCGCAGUGUGGGGCUGUGACACGUGCAUGGCUGACAAGGAUGUCCAGCUGAUGCGCACUAGAGAGGCCUUUGGUCCACCUGCCGUGAGCGGCGAUGCCUAAGCACGGCCGUCAGCUCACGUGGGUUCAUUUUUCUGUGUAGAACAGAGAUUUGGUGACAUAGGAUCUUAAUGUUUGACAUUAUUUUUUUAAAUGCACACACAAAAAUAUUACAUUUUAGUUCUUACUAGCAUAAUGCUUCAUUUUAUUGUUUUUAUUUGUUGUCUUAAAAUGAGAUUAAUGUGGGGGUUGCAGUAGAGACAUUUAUAAAUAAAUGUUCAUUGUUAUUUAUCAUAAACAGAAAAGCCUCUUGAAGCUUCAAAAUAAUAUAUGACAAAAAUAGGCAGGUUGCAACUUUUAAAAAGUUAGAGUCAUUGAAAGAUGUAUAUUUCAGUGCUAAGCUUUGACUGUGUGAACGUACAUAUUUGGUUCAAGAGUAGACCAAUUUAAUGUGUUCUCUGAAUACACUCUGUGUGGGGAUAACAUAGGGGAAUGUGUAUCUUUAAUGGAUUUUAAAUGUUUGGGUUUUUUUUUUCUUUAUUGUUAGAAUUUGACACCUGAUUCUUCCUCUGCUAGAGUCUUUGGAAUAUGUGAGUUUCAUUGUUCACAUCUUUCCAGGUAGCAUUUGCUAAUUAACUGGUGGGUUGUGCCACAUGAAGUUGCUAAUAUCAGCUCACUGAUUUUAGUAAAGUUGGCAUAACAUGUUUCCACUUGUGUUGUUUAGAAUUAUGCUGGCAUUGUGUCCUAAUUUUUAAAAUUAUUCUUGUUUCUGUUAAUGUUCUCCAUAUAAUAAUGCAGUGUCUUCAGAAUUGUGAACACUUUCUUCCACAUGCUUCUAAACCUGGACAGCUUGCAAAGACAGGGACAGAAGUGGUGGUGUGGUCUUACAGGGCUCUGCUGCUCUGAGAACUAAGUACUGGUGGUUGGAGGAAUGUUCUGGAGAUCUGAGUCUGUAAAAUGGACCUCAGGGAAGUUCAAACUCCAUUUUAAGUAAAGGCUAGUGAAGAGCAAAGGUCAAAGCUUUCUUGGGGCUGUGCUUCAGGCUUCGUGGUUUCUACUGUGUGAGAAGGCAUGGCACCCAAGAGGACCUCACCUCCAAAGGGAUGCUCUAAGAUCCUCCAAAGUGACACAGAUACUUUAGGAGAAGAUCAUAGCCUGUGACUUCAGUAAACAAAUGGCGUGUGUGACAGUAGGUAGUAAUUUAGACAAUGGUGGGGUAUUGAUGACCAUCCGUAAUAAUGUUUUGACAUUCAUUAUCAGUAUGACCAUAAAAAGUUCUGAAUAUGGGACUGGUGGCGAGGCACUACAGGAGCCCCUGCUGCUCUUGCUGAGGACCUGGAUUCGGUUUCCAGAAGCCACAGUGGUCAACUUACCCACCCCUAUCUCCAGCUCCAGGGAAUCUGAUGCCCUCUUCUGGCCUUUAUAG